AUGGAAUGGGAUCGUCCUACUGAGCAGCCGCCCCCGCCCGCCCCCGCCGUGCCUGCCCACGCCAGCGCCUCCUUCCUAAGUUCUUACAUCACACUCAACCCGCCGCCCGCAGCCCCGGCCCCCGGCCGUUCUGGGGCCGAAGUCGCCGCCGGCCGGGAAGGAGCUUGGGCUCAGGCCCGGGGAGAGGCCGCAGGCUGGUCCUGGAAGUCCCUCGCGUGCCGAGCCAGAGUGUCCAGCUGCCUCCCCCUCUGCCCGCGUUACCGCCUGCACAGGCCAGGCCAGGCCAUCUUAACUGCCAGCCCUGCCCCAGCCGGGGUCAGCGGCUCCGGACCCCCAAAGCACUCUCCUCACUGCUGGCCUGGCCUGGGAGUGCCCUGGGGCAGGGCCCAGGGGUCCCCCCACCCAGGCCCAGGCCACGCCCAUCCCGGGGCCAAGGCCAGCUGCAGGAAGGGCCAGGACAGGAGAUGCUCCAGCUGUCUUCAGAAUGAGAGCUUGUCUCCCGCCCGGGCUGCGCAGGCUGGGGACGGGCCGUCCGCCCUCGGCCCGCACCUUCCCGUUGACCAGGCCGAGCCAGCAGAGGAGGCGGGAGACCGAUGCCGGACAGGGCUGUUUUCUGGGGACAAGGGUAAAGCCACUUUCGGGUCCACGAGCCUGGCGGGAGGUUGGGGCCAGGUCAAGUCUGAACACCCCUUCUCUGAGCACACAGGCCAGGAGAGUGGGGUGAGUGACCUGGGGGGGGGACUUGCCUCUUUCCCCCACUCCUAUCCCCACCUACGAGCUCGUGGGCAGGACUGUGGGACACCCUGCGCCUCCAGGCCCCUUUUUCAUCAUCUGGCUGCCAGUCAGCCCCACCGUUGGCUCAGAGCAAAGUCCAGGCUCAGCUCCGUUUAUAGAGGGCCUGGCAGGGCGCCAGGUGGGGUGGUGGCAGGGCCUGCCUGUCCUGGUCCCGGUGCCUGGGUGGAGACAGGCCAGCGGUGCCCGGAGGAGCCCGGUGAGCCCUGAGGAGCCAUGGC